GUCAAAGCGUCAUGCUGUCUGUGCUAAUUGUUGAUCAGUGCUACGAGUGAUAUUCAUUAUGUUUCUCCUGCGCAGCUCGGGAAUCCUGUGCGCAUCCACCCGAACGCGUCCAUUGAUUGCGCUUCCCUCCCUGGCGCGACGGUGGUACUCCACGUCGAAACCGCAUGAGCCGCUGCGGAUCUUGUUCUGUGGAUCUGAUGAGUUCAGCAUCGCGUCGUUGGAGGCGCUCCAUCGGGAGCACGUCCGAGAGCCCACGCGCAUCUCGUCUAUCGAUGUAGUCUGCAGGCCGGGCAAGCGGGUCGGCCGAGGGUUGAAGAAGAUCCGUGAGGUCCCUAUCAAAGCGGUGGCCUCCAAAUUGUCUCUACCGAUCCAUGAGAUCGAUACAUUUCGUGGCUGGACGCCGCCCACCCCGGUGAACCUCAUCGUCGCCGUGUCCUUUGGCUUAUUCGUGCCAUCGCGGAUCCUGAACGGUUCCACGUAUGGGGGGCUUAAUAUUCACCCUUCACUUCUCCCCGACUUCCGGGGCCCCGCGCCGCUGCACCAUACCCUCCUCGCUGGCCGACGGACCACGGGCGUGACUCUGCAGACCUUACACGUCAAACAUUUUGACCACGGCGUUAUCCUGUCGCAGACCCCGCCGUUACCAAUCCCGAAUCCCGAUUCGUGUACGGUCCCCGAACUGUUAGAUCUGGUGACCCCCACGGGUGCCAACCUACUAGUGGAGGGGAUCCAGAAAGGCCUCUUCGUGCCGCCGCUCGAGGAUGUCGGCCCGACGCGGGACGAUGCGUCGCUCAUCCACGCCGCCAAGAUCACGCCGGAAGACCGCCAUGUUGACUGGGCGAAUUGGACCGCAUUGGAGAUUAGCCGGCGAAUGCGGGUGCUCGGUCCGCUCUGGAGCAACGCACUCGCCGCCGACACCUCGGGGGAGACGCCUACGUUCCGGCCGCGACGAGUCAUCUUCACCGAGCUCGAGGAGGUCGAACCCCCGAAGGGUUGCGAGAUGCUGGUGGUGAUUCCCGGCGUGCCUUUUGUCGAUGAUACCCAGCCGAAGCCGACGGAUCGAGGACUCUAUGUGUAUACGCGCGACGGGAAACUCAUCCGCGUCCGACAGAUGAAAGUGGAAGGAGAACAGAACGCGGAUGUGGUGCGGGCCGCGCUCAAAGCGAAAAUGGUGGGCCCGCGAACUCUCCGUUCCGGCUACACCCCGUUCUACAAUCCGCUGCAAUGA